AUGAAUGUUUCCAAUUUUCAAUCCCAAGAUAUUCUUCUUAUGUCUCAGGACACCAUACCAGAUAUAUGGACCGGCGGGUCUGAUACUAUUACUAUAGACGACCUUCUGGCAGAACAAAGACUGGAUAUGCAUGGUGAUGCAGUAGCUCUUCCGCCAGGACUACCUCUAUCGCGGGAGCCCUCACUGCCUGUACAUGACCCCCUGGAUCAACUUCUGGCCAUUGAUGAACGAAUAAACGGAUCAGUUAAUGAAGGAUUGGAGGAAACUAUGUGCCAGGGUACAUGCGUUGCUGAUACGAGCCAAAGAUUGGACUUUCUGUCUCAGCAGAUAAAUAUCCUGGCGGCCACGGUGACCAAACUCUCUGGAGAGUUGGGUGAUCUCCUUGAAAUGGAGCGCCAGACACGGGAGAGGAUGAAAAAUGCUAUCAAUCAGUUAGGACACUCGAUUCAUGGAAGCUUCUCAGGGGACGGCCGCCUGUAGCCACUUAUGUGACAUAUCCCUCGGGUGAUCUCUGAUAUGCCUACAGUAUAUAAUAUCGUUC